GUGCCUUCAGCCAAAGGACGCUCAAAUCUGGAGAUAUUCCACUCACUUGGCGCCGCCAUGUGGGCGGAUCACUUACACAUGGUGGUCAGACGCUGGAAACCGCAGGGAGUGGCCAGAUGGCAAGCGAGUCUAUGGCCUUCAUCCUCCUCGAGGUCCAGACGAUUCGCUUCAGAGACCACCCUCGUCGCUACUGAAGGCAUAGAAGCUUUUGACAACCUUUUGGCGGAGCAGGGCGCCGUGGCGGCGGCCCAGUGGGCCUUGGAUCAGCGGAGAAGUUACAAGGAAAACAAGGUUGCUUGGGAUCCACUGCUGAAGAGGAUGGCAGGCCCGGACCAAGAAGAGAGACCUUUUGGAUACUUGAAAAAGAUGAAGAUGAAGGAGCUUCUGCAAUUUGUGAAGAUCUUAGCAGGUGAGGCACAGGUCACGCAGUCCUCCUUUUGGGACAACGUGACGCAGGGGACCUCGGAGAUCUAUACCCGCAAUGUGGAAGACCUGGAGGCGCGAAGACACCUGGAGGGUAGCCUGGAGCUGGCUCGGCUCUAUGCGACGAUUAGCGCUUGGCACAAAGAGGUCUUCCAGGCGGUCUUCGAGAAUGUGGUCGACAGUGGACCUCCAAAUUUUCAUCCGAUGCGCGAGAUGAGAUACGGAGAGAUUCAUUGUAUGGAGCCCGAGCAGUUGGUGCACUUGCUGAGGAUUUUCAGCCAAGCAGGUGCUGCAUCCGUGCAGCUCAGUGGCCUGGCGACCAAAGCCUUCAAUGAAGCGCGCCAGCGGCUUGAGGAAGAGGAUCCCGAGACUGAGUGGAACGAUUUCAGUACGCAGCAGAUGCUUUCCAUCAUUGAUAGCAUGGCCCGGUUCUCUGCGCAGAACAACGAGAAGGUCUUGAGAAAGUUUGGGCGAGCCAGGCUUCAUCCGGGCUUGAUGGAGCUGCCGCCCAUUGAUGUGGCGAAGUUGUGUAGCGCAUAUUCCAUGUUGAACUUCCAACACCACACAGUCUUUCGACAGGUGGUGCUGGCUAUCUUCGAAGAGCAAGAAGAGGUUCAACAAAACCGAGUGCUUGGUUUGACGGCGCCCGGAACGCAGGAAGAUUUGAGAUUUGGCUCGGCCGAGAUGGCCUUGGUCUUGGAUGCGAUGCUCGUCUUGCGCUUGUACCGUGGGAACAACCCGUGGUUCAAUUGGGGCGAGCGGUUUCAAGAGCUCCUGGACAUCUUCAUGCGCCGCUUGGAGACCAGCACCGACCUGGAGACCAUGGCAGCCAGGCCUCUUGCAGCGGGGGCCUAUGCUUUGGGCCGCGCCAAGCGCGGCUCUGAGACGCUUUGCCAGAAGAUGAUGGCUCGAAUGAUGACAUUGUUGGAGAAGGAUAACGGUGAUCCGGACGGGAGAAUGCCAGCAGAAGCCUUUCCUUCAGCUCCACAGGAGCACCUGGAGCGCUUCAUCUUUGGCAUCACCAUGAUGGGUCCGUCCAAGCGCAAGGAGUUUCUGGAGACCGAAUGGCUCAGAGAUUGGAUGUGCAACAACUAUUGGAAGCUCAGUCUGCACAACAUCGUUCGCAUCAAUCGCUACUUGGUGCAGAUUCGAAGCUUCGACAAGGCCUACCUGGAGAUCUUCGUGGAGUUCUUCUGCGAGAACAUGGACCAGCUCACCAAGUCCGAUGUGAUGGACCUCACGCACACCUACAACCACGCGAGGUUGGGCGAGGAGGAUUUGGAGCUUGGACGACAUUUCUUCUGGGCGCUCGGGAGACAAUUCCAGCAGCAGCACGUGCACCGUGUGGCGGAACGCACGAGACGAAGACGCCCAGCGUUGGAACGCAUUGGUUGAAGCCCUGGACCGAAAGCACAAAGCAUGCGCC